AAAUAAUGAAAUGUGAAGACGCUAAUGUGAAAUUCUCAAAAAAGGAGCCCUAAAUCCACCUCCUUUAAGUCUUCAUUUGUAAAAAAAAUCCGCGAUAAGGAUCGUUUAGUGCUGAGGCAAGGGAACAGUUCAUUUCCGAGCGGAGCAUGCUCACUGAUGUGAACUGAUUAGCCUAGAGGAUUGCUUCUAAUCAAUAGUGACCUCACAAGCCUCCAAACGCAAGGUCACACUCCGGAGAAGGUCCUCAUCAUUUCAGUCAAGAUGAUGCGAAAACAUUCGUCUCACAUUGAAGCGGGAUCAUCAUCGUGUUGCUCAGGAACAUGCUAUUGUUCCAAAAAGGUCAAAGUCACCAUUUGUGUUGUGAUUUGGACAGUGAUUGCCGUCAUUGUGGCCCUGAUUUUAGCCGUUAUCAUCAAAGCUGCCACCCUCCAGGAACUAUUUGAGCGAAUGGAAUUGGGAGCUAGAGACGAUCCUGUUUUCAUGAGUGCCACAGAGCAAGAGAUUCUUGAGCGUUCACAGAGAUUAGUUGAUGCCAUCUCAUACCGAACCAUCUCGUUUAGCGGCACCAACUUGUCCUUGGAAGCAAUGACUGAUUUUGGAACGUUUCUAGAAAGGGUGUUUCCUAAUUUGCACGAUUCGGAUUUUGUGACCUUUACCCCUAUAAAUACUUAUUCGAGACUUUAUCGUAUUGAGGGCACGGAAAAGACCUUAAAUCCUUACCUACUAUGUGCUCAUAUGGAUGUCGUCCCUGAGGGUGAUUUUGAUCUCUGGACCCACGAUCCCUUUGAUGCCGGCAUUGUUACCGAAUCCGACGGCCAGGAUUACAUUUUUGGACGAGGAGCUAUCGACGACAAACACGCCGUGCUCGGGAUCAUGGAAGCAUUAGAAUACAAAGUUGUGAACAAGGAGCAACCCAAGCGAACAUUCUACAUCGGUUUUGGGCAUGAUGAAGAAGUCAGUGGCUAUUUAGGUGCGGCUGAAAUCUCCAUAACCUUGGAAAAAAUGUUGAAGGACAACGGAGAGGAGCUGGAUUUCCUCUUAGACGAGGGCAUGUUCGUUGUGGCAGACAUCAUUCCCGGUAUCAACGUGCCAUUGAUCUAUAUUGGUGUGGCUGAAAAAGGCUGGGCUGUUGUUGAUUUAGAUGCCGAAGGGGACCAAGUUCAUUCUAGUACGCCUCCCUUAGAAUCCUCCAUUGGUAUCUUAGCUCAUGGAGUGGCCAACAUGGAGGACAACAAACAACCUUCUAUGUUUGGAAAGGGACCGGAAAUUGAUACCUUGCGAUACGCCGCACCUCACGCGACUUUCCUGUUAAAGAUGAUUCUGGGAAACUUGUGGUUGUUCUCUGGUUUAGUCUCGUCGGCCUUGGAGCUGUCCUCACAAACGGACUCCAUUCAACGAACAACAACUGCAGUCACGAUUUUCAAUGCUGGAGUGAAAGAGAACGUGGUUCCAUCUCAAGCUCAUGCUGUUGUCAAUCAUCGAAUUCACCCUUCGGACAAUCUUGAGGAUGUUUUAGAAUUGGAUCGAGAAAAUGCUGAUCGCGUGAAAGUGACCCUUCGCGAUAGCUUUCCGCCAUCUGAAGUUUCUUCUUACUCCAACGACGUCAUUCCGUUUCAGAUUGUGGUGAAUAGCGCUCUUGAAGUGUUUCCGGAUGCCAAACCAGUGCCUGGUCUAAUGGUAGCCAACACGGACACCUUCCACUAUAAAAAUCUCACUGACAAAAUUUACCGUUUUACGCCGGUUUAUAAUCUUCCAGAAGAUAUUGCUCGAUUCCACGGAAUCGAUGAAAGGAUAUCAGUAGAUAUUUACAGUAAAGUGGUCCAAUUCUACUACCGCUUAAUGGUCAAUGCGGAUUUUGAUGUAAAAAUUGCACCGACAGCUCAAGUUGAAGUGAAACCUGAGGAGGUUGAGGAAUUUCUGGAAAUUUUGGAAGAAUCUGACUACGAGAGCCCAAUAAAUAACACAGAUUCAAACUUACUACCCUUAACAAAAGUUAUGGAAGAAUCAGAUGAAAAUUCAGCCAACGAAACAGAUUCCCACUUGAUGAUUUUGCAAGAUAUUCCCGAAGAACCAAAUGAGAACCCUUCCAACGAAACAGAUUCUGGGUUACCUCCAUCCCAAGAUAUUUUGGAAGAAGAUUUCGAUGCCAUGCCAGUCAAUGAGACAUACUCUGAUAUGCUACCUUUGGAAUCGGCACCCAAAGACUUGGAUUUGUAUGAUUUGACACCGGAAGAGGAAACUUUUUCCAAUAGAACAAUUGAUUGAAUGGAAAAAAUGUGAUCUAAACCAGGUUUUUAACUGGUUUUUAUUCUUCUUUUAUCAAAAUACAAGCUGCUACAACAAAGCACAAUACUUUCAGUCAGCUCAAAA